UCUAGGAAGUGUUCAGACCGCGGGGAUGGCGGCGGGGGCGCUGCGCCGGCAGCUGCGUGUGCUGGCAGCGGCAGCAGCGGGCGGCGGGCUGCUGGUGGGCUGGGCACUGGCGACGGGUGAUGAGAGGCUCUACGCGGCGGUGGUGAUGCCCGCGCUCCACGCCAUCCCCCCCGAGGCUGCCCAUGGCCUGGCCCUGCGCGCGGCCGCCUGCGGGCUGCUGCCACCCACCCGCCCCGACAGCCCCAUCCUGGAGGUCCAUGUCCUUGGGCAGCGGUUCCGCAACCCAGUGGGACUGGCAGCUGGUUUUGACAAGCAUGGCGAAGCCGUGGACGGACUGUACAAGAUGGGCUUCGGCUUCGUGGAAGUGGGGACCGUGACGCCCCAGCCUCAGGAGGGGAACCCCAAGCCCAGGGUCUUCCGGCUGGCUGAGGAUGGGGCAAUCAUUAACCGGUACGGGUUUAACAGCCAUGGUCACGCCGCGGUGGAGCGCAGGCUGCGGGCCCGCCAGCAGGCACAGCUGAGGCUCACUGAGGCUGGGAUGCCGCUCGGCAUCAACUUGGGCAAGAACAAGAGCUCUGCAGAUGCUGCCGCCGACUACGUGGCCGGGGUCCGGACGCUGGGCCCCUUGGCUGACUACCUGGUGGUGAACGUGUCCAGCCCCAACACGCCGGGGCUGCGGGACCUGCAGGGCAGGGCCGAGCUGCACAGCCUGCUGACCCAGGUGCUGGCGGAGCGGGACAGGCUGCCCUGCGAGCGCAGGCCGGCCGUGCUGGUGAAGAUCGCCCCGGACCUCAGCGCGCAGGACAAGCAGGACAUCGCCAGUGUGGUGUGCGAGGUGGGGGUGGACGGGCUCGUCGUCAGCAACACCACGGCGAGCCGCCCCGGCGGCCUGCGGAGCCAGCGGCGCGCGGAGCCCGGCGGCCUCAGCGGGGCGCCCCUGCGGGAGCUGUCCACGCAGACCGUGCGGGACAUGUACGCCCUCACGCGAGGCCGCCUGCCCAUCGUCGGCGUCGGCGGCGUGAGCAGCGGGCGCGACGCCCUGGAGAAGAUCCGUGCCGGUGCCUCGCUGGUGCAGAUGUACACGGCGCUCGCGUACCGCGGGCCGCCGGCCGUGGCAGCGGUGAAGCGGGAGCUGGAGCAGCUGCUGAGGGAGCAGGGCUUCGGGAGCGUGGCGGAGGCCGUGGGAGCGGAUCACCGGAGCUGAGGCGCCGCGGGACGAGCCCCGGCCGGGGAGCCGCGGCGAGGCCGGGCACCCGGGGCUGCGUCUCGCCGCGCCCCGGGGUCGCAGCGCCCGCUCCUGCCGCCGAGGCCCUGCGAGGGCCCUCGUGGCACCGCAGCCUCCCGCGGAGGGGAGCGCUGGCCCGCCUCGCUGCAGGCGCUGUGGCACGCCGCUGGCUCUGGUCAAUAAACUGUGUCCAGUUC